UUAAUUUUUUUUUAAGUAUAAGUACCGAAAUUAUUGCAAAGUAAUGCAACUUUUCGAUUUUCUCGAUAUUUUAAUGUCGAGUAUAUAUCAACGGAAUUUUUCUUUCCUUUAAUGUACAGAACUCUCCCUUCUAACAGUUUUCUGCGUACUCGUUUUGCAGUGUCAAAGGGUUGCUCGCACCAACGUAUACUUAACUAUGCUCGAGACCGUACUUCCGAUAAAACGGCCUCAAUCAAUCUUUUACAACUAUAGCGCAACUCGCUUAUCACUUAUAAGGGAGGGUAAUAAUACGGAAAACAUUUUCUGGAAAUUUAAGCUUUGGAUGCGUCAUCGAUUCAUCCCCCAAUAUGAAAGUAACAAAGUAGUGCCGCAACAUGUAAUUUUGCCCUCCUCCCACAGACUCUCAAUUUGGUAAAUAGCGAGCUUCCCGAGUUCCAGAAGGGUAGAAUCAAAUCCCUUACGCAGAUGUUAAACCGUUUCGGGGAACACUACACUUUUUCGUCUACUUUGCCAGCAAUUUUCAACAAUAUUACACGUUAUCACUCGACAGAACUCUCCAUUUUUUCUUAUAUCCAUGAACAUCCUGGCAAGCGAUCAUCCGGAACAAGCGAAGGUCGACGCGACAGUGCUUCGCUAUCGCGUGUACACUCGUCGCAUUCGCAGAAUGCUUUGCCUCGGCGGUGUCUUGCAAGAUCGAACACGUUCGGCAGCCUGGUCGUAUACUACAGGCCUCUUAGUGAUCUUUAUGUGCUUCAAUCAGUGCGUCUUCAUGAUAAACUUUUGUUGGGAUCACACAGACGACCUGGUGCUUCUUUCAAGAUGUUUUGGCAUGACCUGUAGUUUCAUCACGCCCGUCUUAAUGUCAGCUUGCUUCCUGGUGAAACGUAAGAGAUUGCUGGAGCUUCAUGAGACGCUAGAUGAUCUCUUCGAGAGAGAACUGGCACGGGAUCGACAAACCAUGCUCGCCACCCUGUGCGCGUUUGACAGACCAUCCUACAUGCUGUGCUUUACCCUGGGAUCGACGGCAUUGAUGAUUCUUUGCCCUUCGCUGAUCUCCAUAGUUCGCCAGAUCGUCUAUGACGCAAAACCCAGAAGAUAUAAACUACCGUUCCUGGCGAAGUUUCCGUGGCCUGUGUCAACCGGCGGCGGUCUACUCUUUUACCUGCAUCUCCUACACCAGAUAUCCAGCUGCUGGUGUGUAGUCUUUACCGUUGGCAGUGUUGACAGCCUCUUUGGCUACUACGCGUUUCAGAUCUCCUCGAUACUACGGGCGAUGUCUGCCAGGUUGGCGAAUCGGCGUCGUACCUGCGAGGUAUUCACAGAGGCCCUGGGCACAUGCGUACACACGCAUCACCGAUUAUUGCAAUGCAGUCACAUGUUGAGUGAUAUCUGGGGUUUAAUAAUCAUACGAAUGCUUUUUACAAACGCCAUACUCAUGUGUGCGUUGAUCUUCGAAGCAAGUCCAUUCACCCAUCUGACGGUCGGCCAGUUUUUUCUGUUUAUCUCUUACAUGGCAUUGAAACUGCUGCAAACAUUUAUCUAUGCCUGGUACGGCAGUCUCAUUACGAGUGCGAGCGAGCACUUUCGUGAGGGAAUAUAUUUCAGCGAGUGGCCGGAUUCCAGUCUCGACCGUGAAAUUAGGGCGAGCGUUAUCGUGACAAUGAUGCAGAAGCCAAUAAUCAUAAAGGCGUUAAAAUUGUCUUCCGUGAAUGUUAACAUGUUCACCAAUAUUGUGAACACUGCAAUGUCCUAUUUUUUUCUUUUGCAAUCCUUGGACGAGGAUAAAUAAAAAUGGACGCCACGUAUCAGCUGGUUGUAAAUUUUAAGAAGCACGUAGAAUGGUUGUAAUAUGGAAGAACAUUGUGAUUAAAAAAAUAAAAAUAUAAUUCCUGAACUUGACACAAGUAGGGUAAAAGCACCUAAUAUCGCUCAGAA